GAGGGGUCGGGCCAGAAGCUCGAAACUGACUUCCGGGUCGCGGCAGCGCGGGCUCUCAUUUGGGGAGGCUUGGCCUGAGGCUAGACCAGGAAUGGUCAGCAAGACUCAGGAAGCAGCCUUGGUCCCACAGCUCCCAGAGAAGAAGAAAAAGAAGAAGAAAAAGAAGGCGCUGGUUAUAGACGUCACAGAACCAGAGACUCAAUACUCAGUCUUAAACAGUAACGAUUAUUUUGUAGAUGUUUCUCCUCCAAGGACCACAUGCCCCUCUAACAAUGUGGAUGAAGGGCAGGUCCCCGAGAUGUCACUGUGCAAGAAAAAGAAGAAAAAAAAAUCCUCUGGCGCUCAGUUGGAGGAGCACCUGAAGCCUGAGCCCACACAGGCAAGACAAAAAAAGGCAUCCAGCCCUAGAAGGCCGGUCCUUGAGCAGUCGACAGAAUGCCUUAUCGGAGAGAAGAAAAAGAAGAGGCAGAAGUCCUUACUGCAGACUGCCUCCCGAGUCUCGGGGCUGAAGACCUCUCCAGAUGCCAAGCAUGCCGACGAGGUAAGCAAAGCUGGUAAGAAGUCCAAAAAGCACAGGAAGGAUAAGGUUCCCGACGAGGCAGCCCUUCCUCUCCAGGACUAUUGGUUCUGUGAAGCUGAGGAGUCCCUGCUCCCAUGCACAGAGGGGACAGAGGCUGAGGAGGAGGCGGCCUUGGGGCAGAAAAGGAAGCAGGGGAGCCCCAGAGAUCACAGCAUGAAGAAGAAGAAGAAAAAGACCCACCAGGAGGGAGACAUCCCCCUGCUCAGCUCCAAGUUCUCCAUGCACAGACUGAAGAAAGGAAAUGGGAAAUCUGUCAAGAGUGAGACUGUGGACUACAUCCCAAUAGAGAGCCUGGUGGCCCCUGGGAAGAAGAAAGUCAAAUCCAAGAACAAGGUGGAGCAGCCAGUUGCUGAAGGGCUGGCUGUGAAAAGGAAGAAGAAGAAGAAGAGGGAGGAAAGUACAGUAAAGGAAGCCCUCUGGGAGGAAGAAGAGGAGUCAGACACAGACUUGGAGGUGGUACUGGAAAAGAAAGGCAACAUGGAUGAGGCCUGCAUAGAUAAGGUGAGACGGAAGGCCUUGCAAGAAGAGAUUGAUCGUGAGUCGGGCAAGACAGAGGCUUCAGAACCCAAAAAGUGGACGAGAACACAGUUUGGCCAGUGGGACACAGCCGGCUUCAAAAAUGAAGAACAGAAACUGAAAUUCCUGAAGCUUAUGGGUGGCUUUAAGCAUCUGUCUCCAUCAUUCAGCCGCCCUGGCAGCAUGACCAGCAGGUUCAACAUGGCCCUGGACAAGAAGUCUACGGACACGCUCCAGCAGAGUCUGCAGCAGGAAUAUGAGCGGGCCAUUAGCUUGAAGUACAGCCGUGGGGCUGGCCUGGGCUUCUCUGAGGCCCGCAAGGUCUUCUACAUUGACCGUAACGCCUCCAAGGCUAUCAAGUUGCAAGAUUAAACUUUGUUGUCCUUCCUGAUCCUCAAACUGCAUUUCUGAUCAGUUUUGGCAUCUGUCAAGUUGCCAAAGUUGAACCAGUCACGUGCAGAUAUUGAGGACCACUCACAAUGAGUUUUGCACAAGUGGGUGGAGGCCGUUUGUCAGGAUCCAGCGUGAAUGGCUAAAGCCUCCUGUUUUCUGUGUUAAACCUUCCAUCUCCUUGGGUGACGGCAUUUUAAUAGUAGCUAGCAGUUGUUGAUGUGUGUAGGUAGGGUCCUGACUGAAGUGUCUUCCUUGCAUUGAUAUACUUAAACUUAAUUAUGGAAUGGGUGCUACUCUCAUCUUCAUUUUACAGAUGCCGCAACUUAAAGUUCAGGGAUAAAGUAACAAAACUGCCCAGGGUCACCUUCUGUUAAGUGCCAUCAAGAAUACAUCACUCAGAGUCACUCAGUGAUCCGUGAACAGAGAAAGCAAGUGUUGGGCCAUGACUUCCACGGUGACCAGCAAGUUUGUUUCCGUUCUCUCUUAUCAGGCGGCAGGUGUGGUUCGCCAGGCAGAUGUGGACGGUACACCUUGAGCUGGCUUCUUUCCAGCCUGUCAUCCUUCCAAAUGACCGCUGUGCUUGGAUUUCAUGUUUCUGUACUGACUGCAUCUCAAACAAGGCAUUUUGGACAUUAGGCAAUCCUGCAUAUGGACCCAUGGCAGAUUCUCAGCAGUGUGAUCCGUGUUUGUGUUCACAAAAGAGAGACCUUGGAUACUUAUGUGAUGAAAUCCAAUGUAAGGAGGGAUGGAGAGGAAGGUGCUUCAUCUGCUGCCGGCACCAUCCCUACCAUGAACUCUACAGCAAGCUUCAGGGAGCUCCAGAUACAGAACUCCACGGGACAACUUUCUCUUCCACCAGUUCUUGGCAGUAUGGCAUCAAGGUUCAGAUAAGGACAUUUUCCUAUCUCUUGGGCUGGCACCUCAUACAGACAAUCUCAUUGUAGGCCCCCUCUCUCACAGGCAGAAAUACAGGUGGUUGAGAGGGGAGAAGUGUCAAGGGUUGGGGGUGGAGGGGUUGGUGCUGCACUCAUCCAGAACGUUUAUUCUCCCAGCACCAUCUUCAGUAUUGGUGCCAUCAAGCUGGUAGGAAGGUAGCAGAAGCAAUUCCAGGCUGCAAAAGUCCCAUGGCAUUCCAGGGAGGGGAGCAGACCCUCUUUCUAACCAAAGAAACUUCCAGCAGCCUCUUAGGAAUCUUCUCUGGCUUCAUUCAACUCUGUGUAGUUGUUCUGUACCAGCCUCUCUGGUAAAGGAGAUGCCCCUCAGGCAAGGCAGGGAGAGGGUACCUAUGCAGUACUGCCGCAUGGGCAGCAGAGUUGAGGCUGUGCCUGAGGCAACUGCCUAUAUUCCACCCUUUCCCCUGGCCCUUAGGCACGAGUCAUAUCACACCCUACAGGUGUGUUUAAGCCACUUUCCUGAGGUGGAUUUGGCCUUUCAUAGAUCCUGCCACCUCCAUUCUCAGAGGGCAGAAUUCUGCAUUUGAGUAUACACCUUGGUAGCUACCAUCAAAGUGUGAGAGCCAGACCUUUUACGUAGUUGCUACACAUCUCGGUGCCAAAGGACUUGAUUUUGUAGCUUGGUACCUCAGCACUGACUUAGGUGUUCCGUUUGCUCAGCUUUCUCUGUUAAGAAUUGAAAUCUAUGAGCAAAGGAAGCUGUAGGGCCUCCUCAGGGUGAGCUCAGCAGUCAUCCAAAUCUCAUGCUUCUACCACUUUUCUUCAGCUGAUUUCUGCACUGUCUCCACUUGAGCCCAUGAACUCUGAGGCCACCUUUCCACAACCUGACUACCCUGUCCAAAUUUCUUCCAGCUAGACACAGUCAGCCCCUAAAGGAGAGUAUGCGUUCAGCUCUGCAAGCUAUUAGUCCUACUCAGGUCAUGGCAAGCCUGACUAUCCCCCUCCCCUAUACCCUCAGCAGAAGGGAAUUAAGGUUGCUUGCUAUUCACAUGAUUUUUUUUUUUUUUUUUUUUUUGAGACAGGAUUUCUUUGUAUAUCCCUGGCUGUCCUAGAAUGCUCUAUAGAUCAGGCUGGCCUCAAAACUCAGAUCUACCUGCCUCUACCUCCCAAGUGCUGGGAUUAAAGGCAUGUGUCACCACCCCACCUGGCUUCAUGCCACCACCAGUUAUCAGAUGAAUUUGAAAUAAGAUCCUGGAUUACCUGAGUAGGUGUUUCACAAAAUUCCUUAACUGGUAGGUGGCAAAGGAGUUAGUGUGGAAGAGACUUGAAAGGCAUGACAGCCAGCUGGGAAGGAAAGGCUACAAGGCAGGAACACAGGCAGCCUCUAGAAGCUGUGCCACACUUUCACCAGAGCCACCCACAAGGGAGCUUAGUCUCGGGGACCUCUUGACCUAGCCCAGAGGGACCAGUGAAUCGUGACCAACAACUGUCAGUCAGUAAAUCCACAUGAAGUCACUAUACUUGUAAUUUGUUAAACUAAGGACACGGAAGCAUCUCUGUGUUUUCAUUUCCUAGAAGGUCUUCAUACUCUUAGUGGGAGUAGUUGCCAUCCUGUGGAGACUGGGUUACAGAGACCAGCCUGUCAGUCACGGGUGAGGGAUGCUGGGAGUCCAUGCUUCUGCCCAGGCCAGUGACAUGAUUCAGAAGCCCUGUGGUGUGGGCACCUAAAUGUGGCACUAAGCUGAGGUUAAUCCAGCACUGCAAACUCGCUGGGCCAGCGUAGUGAGCCUACAUGGGCAGCCUUGAGGCAGAAGAAUGGCUUACAAAGCAUUAUGUGUGCAUUUGCUGGUUAUUUUUCAUAGAAUUAGUAGAAACAGUUUUGUAAUAAAGGCCACUUGGGAGUAUUUGAACAGUACCACAAUAGCUUCUGAGUUCUGGCAUGUUUGUUGAUGCAGGAGAUGUUCUUCAGCCUCUGGUUUUUACUUUUGUUUUUGAGACUGGGGCUUAUAUAUACCAGGCUGGCCUCCAACAUGUAACUGGGGACCUUGAACUCCUGAUUCUCCUGGGAUUACAGGCCUGUACUGCCACUCAGUUUUAUGUGGGGCCUUGUGCAUGAUGGGAAGCAUUCCACCAAAUGAGCACCGCCCUCUGCCUUUUUGAAGACAGUUCUCUCAGCUCCUUAGGGCAGGGGGACUUGUCAGAUUGGCCCCAAAUCUGCAACAGUAACCCUUGUCUUACACUAUUAAGCACAUGAGUUUAUAUAUAAAUGGUUUCUGUUUAACUUCCAUUUCACUUGUCCAGAGUGUUUGUUAACUUCUGCUUUCUAAAGUUAGUCAUGUAUGUUUCAGAGUAAAGAUAAAUAAAGUCCACUUCUAAAGCACA